AUGUCCACUGUGAAUUCCUCGGAAUACAUGGGCCUCAUCGUGAAGAACACCGACCAGUUUGCUGAUCGUUCCCUGAGCGUGCUCACGCUGUUUUUCAUAACCGUCUGCUGGUGCGCUUUGCUCGUUGGCAUCUGCCCAUCCCCGCAAGCGACGGGUCAGAUCACGGGUUGGUGGCUGAAUGGGUCGUUGUUCACCACGUGUGGCGUCAUGAAUUUGCGUUCGUGGCCCGCGGACGUGCGCGACCCUGUCGCGCCGAACCAGCCGGAGUCGGUGUCCGUCUCCGUCGGCGAGGACGCCGCGGGCGAGCGGUUCUUGCUGCUCAGGUCCCUCGUCGGCGCGCUGGAGGCCACGGAGGAGGGCAUCGCGGAUGAGGCGGUCGCCGACCCUGUCAACGACAUCGUCGGCGCCGCCGGUGCGGCAGCGAGAUGGAGGGCGGCGCCAGCGGCGGUCGCAGGGGCAGGCGCGGUGGCGAUCUCGUGGGCGCGGGCGCCACAGCAGGCUCGGGGCGCCACUGGUUCAGACGAGGCCGUCGCGGGCGCGGUCGGCGGCGAGGGCGACCUGGCAGACCCAGCGACGGCGCUGGACCUGGAACAGGCUCACGGCGCCACGGGUUCGGACGAGGCCGUCGCGGGUGCGGUCGGCGGCGAGGGCGCGCCAGACGCGCCGGCGCCCGCGGGCGGAGGCAACAACGGCAAUGGCCUGGGCAGCGGCAAGGACAAGGACAAGGACAAGGGCAAGGGGAAGGGGAAGGCGAAAGGCAAGGGCGCAGGCACAGGCCGUGGCGACCUGGCAGGCCUGGUGCUGCGGGCGCCACAGCCAGCGAGCAAGGCCCUGGCGGCCAUCGACGGAUGCGAUGUCCGAUUCGCGAACGACGUGGCAGAGAGCGACAGGACCUUCCGGGUUGUCAUGGGGGGUGGCUCUGGCGCUAAUUAUGAAAGCAGCGACGGCGCCAGCGGUUUCUGGACUUUCCAGGCCCACCUCGAGGACGGCACAGCCGGCGGCGACUUGGGCGGCUUUCUGCGCAUCCGUGGGGGGAAGGCCUUGGCAGUGGACUGCAACGGUGGCUGGAAUGGUCCCUUGACGAGGUUCGAGCUGCUGCCUGUAAGUGCCCAGGAUGGACCCCUGGGCAAAUCGCGGAGCACCUCGCCCGCGGGGUCUCUGACCGUGCGCGUAAAGAACGCGAUGCACGGCCACUUCCUGGACCUCGACGCCGCCACCCGCGAGAUGAAGGCCACCAAGGAGCCCGCCGUUCUCCGCGUCGUGGUCAGGCCUCAACAGCAGGAGGAGACCAGCGAGAGGUGGGGGCGCUGGCCUGGACUCCUCGCCAGUUGCCUCUGCGGGAGCAGGGGGGCCGACAACAACAAGCUGGAGCUGUCCAGUACCAAAGCGUUCUGGGGCUCGGUGGGCAGCGCCUUGCUGACGGCCGUCGGCUCCAGCCUGUUCUGGGUGGGCGCCUGGACGAUGUGCGACAUAGACCUGGCGAAGGACUCGGAGCUCCGAGACGGGGGCAUGGGGGGCGGACGUGGUCGUCGGCCUCGCCACGGGCCUCCUGACGAACACCCUCGCGGUCAGCUACUACACGGACCCCGCGCUGCGGCUCGAGGAGGAGAGCGGCAGGCGCGCGGCCGCCCUGCGCGCGAGGCGGCACGCCGAGGGGCUGGAGGCCAUGGUCCGCAGCGGGGAGGGGCUGCGCUGGGCCGGGCUGGGGCAGCAGGCGGGGGAGACGGCCGGCGCCCGGGCGCGGGAGGCCGCCGCGCGCCUGGAGGCGCUCCGAGCGCGGGCGGCCGACGAGGCCGCCGCCAGGGCAAAGGAGGCCGACGAGGCGACGGCGUGGUGGAGCCGCCGCCUGGGCAUCGUCGGGGGCAGCCAGGCCGCGGACGCCCGGGCCAUUGCGCGGUUCCGGCUGGCGUACGACUCCUGCAGGAGAUGGUGGUGGCGCUCCUGGGGAGCGUGUUCCUAUGGGUCGGCGCGUGCGACCGCCUCAACGAGCUCCUGCCGUUGGACCUGGUCCCGGCCGACUGCUGGGCUGGGCAGACGGCGGUCGACGCCGCUCUCGUGGCCCUCGCGCUGCUGCUGAUGGUCGCGUCCCAGACGCUCGGGCAGAACGCGGGCUCGCAGGGGCGGCUCGUGGCGGAGGGCCUCCAGGAGACUCUCCACGCCUGGGUCGUCACGCUCGUGGACACGUUCUCGGGCCUCCUGCUGUGGGUCGGGACGAUUUGCGACCUCCUUGGGACGGACCUCACGACUGGCGAUUCCUUCGGGUACGCGGACGACCCCGAGUCCGUCUGGGCACACCGUUGUCUCGACUGGCCUUCCUCCGAUACAUCGCCCUGGGCCUCCUCUGCCAGGUGA